AAGACAGUGCCGAUUCUUAUUUAAUGUUUGAAAUUGGUUUUGGUGACUUUGUUAUUGUGUUUCACUUUCAUCUUUCUAUUUUUGGUUUUGUCCACGAUAUUUAAAAAAUAUAAAAUAUUACAACUAAGUGGCCUCUGUCUUCAGAUUUACUUAUUUAUAUAUCCAUUUUUAUGUGUUAUACGAAACGUUGAUUAAUCGUACCAAUAAUAAAUAUAAAUUAAAAAAAGAUUUCAUCAGCAUUCUCAGAUUUCACCGGCAAUCGCAAGUAUCUAAACUCAGAACAAAAUGUCUAUACAAUGGACAUUUAUUGCAGGCUAUCUGUACUUCGAAAUUGCGCUAGUUACAAUAAUGAUGCUACCAAUUUUUAGUCCAAGACGUUGGCACCAGUUCUUCAAGUCGUCAUUGUUUUCCAUGUUCCAGUCCCAUGCAGCCGUAUAUUUUUACGUAUUUCUGGGUAUUUUAGGAGUAUUCUUAUUAGAUGCUAUUAGAGAAAUGAGAAAGUAUUCGCAUUCUAAUGAUGGUGGCCAUGUACACCUCGCCAGUGAGAUGAAGGGCAAUGUGAAGCUGUUCAGAGCUCAGAGGAACUUUUACAUUACCGGCUUUGCUAUAUUUUUGACAUUUGUUAUAAGACGUCUUAUCACUAUGCUGAUAAUUCAAGAUGAACUAAGUAUUAAGGCAGAGAGGAUUAUUAAACAAGCAGAUGAUACUGUAAAACUAGCUAAGCACACAGUUUUGGCUAAUACAAUGAGAGCAUCAGAGUCACAGAAUUAUGAGGAAGUGAAAAAUGAUUUGGAAAAUACAUUAGCUUUGUUGGAGGAAGAAAAAGAGAAAACACAUCAAUUAGAGAAGGAAGUCACAAAAUGGAAGUCAAGGUAUGAAGAAGUCACCACUAGUGGACAAGGUGAUAACUAAUUAUUAUAAAAUCAGAUGUAAUUACUUUCUGUGGUUAGAAAUAAGAACUGAAGAGAAUUUGUUGUGAUUUCUGGAACUGGUGCUGAAUUGUAGCUAAAGGUUUCCCUAUUAUUAGUUAUAUAAAUGUGCUAGUCUGCAAAUUUUAAUACUACAUUGAAAUAGCUUUGCUGAUCCAGCAGUGUAUGUGUAGGACUCACUUCAAAAUAUAGAUAUGUUUAUGUCACAUAGAAUUGUUUUUUUUUUUAUGGAAUUAAAAACAAAUAGGCUGUUGCUGCUGUUGACCCAUUUGAUGCAAAGUGCCAAUCAUCUAUAGAUAUAAACAGUAAUAUGGGUAUCACAGAAUAGAAACAAUUAGAACUAUAAACAUGUGAUAUUUAUUCAAAGACUGUUCUGAUUAUUUGAAUGUUGGUUAUUUAUUAUCUUGUUCAAUCAAUAUUAAAUAUUAUAAAUUUCAAUAUGUGUAUAUAUAUUUUUUUUCUCUAUUAGGACUGGAAUACUUUUAAGAAUUAAUUUAAAAAAAAACUGUAAUAUUAAAAAUAUGUUUUUUUAUCAUUCAUAGAUAUAUUUUUUUAUUAUUUGUAAUUAGAACAGCAUAUUUUUGGCUUACAUUCUAAUUAUAGAUUAUUUUUUGCAAUUCUUACACCACUAUACCAUAAUGCUUAAGACAUUAAUUGUAUGAUAAUAAUUCUGCUAAUGUUAAAUAUUGUACUUAUAAUAUUACCUGCUUAGGCUUAAAUCAUUACUCUUGGCCUUAGAUAAUUCAUGACAGUAUUUUUAAGAGAUUUAUUAUUUUGUGCAGUGUUAUGAAUUAAAAAAUUGGUUUUAAUUA